CAACGGGUCUCUAGAUACUUUUGUGUGUGCUUAAAAUGUGUUGUCGCAAUUAAUGUUUAUAUUGGCUGAUGUGGACUUUUUCAACAAUUUCUUAAGGAAGGCAGUUUUCCACAAAAUAGGUUAUGUUUACGUUGACACUUAUGUUAUCGUUAACAGAUGAUAGCCUGUAAAACAAAUUAUCUGGAUAGUUUUGUUAAUGAAUUGUUAACCAUUCCUUCCCUCCGUAUGUUUGUUAAAGAAGACAUACACAAAUAUCCAGCUUUUCUAAUUUUAAAGCACUACCGUUGACCAGAAGACUUAAAAAAUGGAAGAAACAUUAAUGUUAGUGUCCCUUGUGGUUGUUAUGCUAAUAGGAUCUUAUCUGGCUGGUUCUAUACCUCUUUUUAUGAGUCUUUCAGAGGAGACAUUGAAAAAGGUUACUGUAUUUGGGUCAGGACUUUUAGUUGGAACAGCUUUGGCUGUAAUUAUUCCAGAAGGAGUUCGUUCUUUAACUACAAGUAUACAUGUGAAAGAAGGAGCGAAUGAAACCCAUACUGCCCAGAAAGUUAAUGAUCCUUUGUCUGUGAUAGGAAUUAGUCUUAUUUUAGGCUUUGUUUUAAUGUUGCUGAUUGAUCAGAUAUCUCAAAGGAGAAACGAGUCAUUAAAUCCUUCAGAACGAAAUAUUACUGCAACUAUCGGUCUGGUGGUUCAUGCAGCAGCUGAUGGAGUUGCUCUAGGGGCUGCGGCUACCACAAGUCAUACAGACGUCGAAAUUAUUGUAUUUCUAGCGAUUAUGUUGCACAAGGCUCCUGCAGCCUUUGGUUUGGUCACAUUCUUGUUACACGAAGGAAUUGAAAGACAGAGAAUAAGGAGACAUUUGAUAAUUUUCUCGUUAGCAGCUCCUUUGUUGGCCCUUGUUACUUAUUUCGGAAUAGGGCAAGAACAGAAGGAAAGAUUUAGCUCUGUUAAUGGCACAGGCAUUGCCAUGCUAUUUUCUGCUGGCACAUUUCUUUAUGUGGCCACCGUUCACGUGUUAGCAGACUUGACCCAGAAGGGUCAUCAGACACAUCAUUCUUCCUAUUCUAGACUGCAAAAUGUGGAGAACGGUGCAGCCCCCGUCGCCAAGGUUGUCACCCCUCAGUCUCUAGCACAUUCCGAACUUAUUAUCCUAAUAGUAGGUUGUCUUGUUCCCUUAUUUCUUACCUUAGUCCAUCAUCAUUAAUCGAUACAUAUUUCAUGAUAUGUGAUUUUGUCAUCUCAUUGAGGUGACAUGAUAAAUGCGAUUUUUGUAUCUUUUAUUUUCUGAAAAAAAGGCCAUGAGGUUUUUGGUAAACCUUUGGGCCUAAAUUAAUAAUUUUGGAAUGUGUAUCGUGCGUAAUCUCUGUCGAUAAUAUACAACAAGAAAUCUACGACAAAAACUUUAGUCGUGAGAUUUACAGGUAAUUCUUAAGUGUGAAAGGUGCUUAAAAAGUAUUCGCAUCAAUAUAAGCCAAUAGGGUAGGGCAUUAUUAUUAUAUCUUAAAAGACCAUAUAAUUUUUUUAUUUCAAUAGAAAAUGUAUAUUAUGUACAAUUGUUUAU